AUGUCGAAGACGACGUCGUCGUCGACGGCGGUGGUGCGACCGGAAGAUUACGCCCACAGCCCGGUCCACUACGCCGUGGCGGUGGGCGAUCACACCAUCCUCAAUAAACUGCUUUCCUCUUUGCCCCGAUUGGUUGACCCGAACCGAAUUCGGACAGAGUCCGAUUCCCAAACCCAAGAACGCCUCGCCGAACAAAUAUCUGCUGCCGUCGACCGCCGCGACAACAGUUUAAGGGAAACCCCUAUCCAUCUUGCCGUCCGCCUCAAUGACGCCACAGCCGCCCGCUGUCUUGCUAGUGCGGGGGCCGAUAUCUCCCUCCAGAAUGCCGCCGGAUGGAACCCUCUUCAGGAAGCGCUACUUCGUCGUUGCCCGGAGAUUGUAUCUACCCUCGUCCAGCAUCAUCACCUUUCCUCCUGGUCCAAGUGGCGGCGCCGCCUUCCUCGUCUAGUUGCUGCUCUCCGCCGCAUGCGCGACUUCUACAUGGAGAUCUCCUUCCAUUUCGAGAGCUCCAUCGUGCCAUUCGUCGGUAAAAUCGCCCCCUCUGACACUUACAAAAUCUGGAAGCACGAUGGCAACCUCCGGGCCGAUACCUCUCUCGCCGGCUACGACGGUCUUAAAAUUCAACGUGCGAACCAAAGCUUCCUCUUCCUUAAUGACAUCGAUCCCACUCUCGAGAUCCCCCCUGGUUCCCUCAUCAUCCUUAACCACGAUGACAAGAAAAUCUUCGACGCAUUCGAGAACGCCGGGAGCCCAUUAUCUGAUUCCGACAUUUCAAGCUUCUGUAACCAAACCAGCGUUUACAGGCCUGGGAUGGACGUCACUAAAGCAGAAUUAGUAGGCCGUACGAAUUGGAGACGCCAAGAAAAAACAGAAAGUGUAGGGGAGUGGAAAGCAAAGGUUUACGAAAUGCACAAUGUAAUCUUCACCUUCCGGUCACGUAAAAUCAAUGCCGGAGAAAAUAGAGAAGACCCGUUUGGACCCACGUACGUUUUGCCGUUGGAGAUUGAUGAAGAAUCUGACGAAGGGUUUAUAGUGGCCGAGAAUCCAAGAUUUAGUGUAUCUAAUGACAGGCAACGGAGGCACAGCAGUUUUGUGAGGGAAGAUAGGGAGUUCGUGACGGUCUCUAGGAAGAGUGUGGAUAUAAUUCCGGUAGAUGGGAGGAGGAGGGCACCGCCUUGUGCGGCGGAGAGACUGGUUGCCCCGCCGCAGACGAAAGAGAAGGAAUACGUGAAGAGCCUACGACCAAUGGUCUGGCUAACGGAACAGUUUCCAUUGAAAACGGAAGAGUUACUGCCGUUACUGGAUAUCUUGGCAAAUAAAGUGAAGGCCGUUAGACGCAUGAGGGAGCUGCUAACGACGACGUUUCCACUCGGGACAUUUCCCAUAAAGGUGGCAAUCCCUGUGGUUCCUACAGUGAGGGUGGUAAUAACUUUUACAAAGUUUGUUGAGUUGCAACCAAUUGAAAAUUUUUACACUCCACUGUCAAGUCCUAGGCAAUUUGGUACAAGAGUAGGCAAUGAAGAGGAAAGUACUAGUAAAGAAAGCAGUUUGAUGUCGUUUUCGUCGUCCUGGUUUUCGAGCAGCAGCAGGCGGUCGAGCAAGCAGAGUUGCAACGGUGGAGAGCAUUUGGAUCCGUUUGCAAUACCGAGUGGAUAUAGUUGGAGUAGUUUCGAUGAGAAGAACAGAAAAAUGAAGAAAACCAAGUCUACUACCAGAAAGAAAAACUAA